GCGUCUGAGCAACCGGUCGAGGAUGUGACUGUUGUUGCGGUAUCAAAGAAAGAGGAAUUAAAUGUCCAUACUGAGAAUCACAGGGACAAGAACAGACCCGAGGCUCUUGAUUUAUCUACGGAGAAAACGGACAAUGCCAAUGAAAAGGCUCCAAAAGAUGAAGCCUUGACGCCGGUAAAGUCUCUGCAGGAAGCAGACCUCCCUGAGUCUGUUACUUCAGUGAAGAGUAAAACAGCUAAGGAUAGCAAAACCGCUAAGAGAAAGUCAGGGACUUUUUCUCGGAGCCCGAGGUUCAUGUCUCAGAGCUCUUCGUUUCCAACUAGAGGAGCUCAUACUGAUAUCACAAGAAAGAGCAUCGAUGCAACACCACCAAAGGCUGCUACUCCUAAACCCGUCGUUGCUAGUGGAUCCAAAGCAAAGGCAACUCCAUCUCCAAGCAGUGUUGGUAUUUCCACCAAGCGCAACAGUUUAGUAUCUGUGCCUCUCAGAAAGCAAGCUACGCCUGUGAAGCCCAUUUCUAAAGAUGCAGCAGCCUCAGCCCCUACUUCCAAGUGA